CUGAGCCUCUAGACCCACGGACGUGGAAAAUACCAUCACCCUGUCCUUAGGAACCAAGCCUCUACGAUUUAUCCAACCGGAAAGUACGCAUACUGUCCCCCCUUUCCACUUCGCUGGCUUUCUAUUUCAGGAAGAAACAGACAGCCCUGAAGCGACCAGAAUUCGAAGUGAUGGGAUUGGCACCAUCCAGGCCACGAAAUCAUCGACGCCAGCUAUCUCUGCAGCACCCACAUGCGUCAUUCCCCCUUAUAGUACCAAUAUGCCCGUCUGCCCUCCGAUUUCUCGAUUCUCAGCCUCGUGCUGCGAACGAGUGCUCAUAUAUGAGCUUCCCGACCAACUGUCAGUCUGAUAAGGGGUUUGCUUGGUAUAUUCAACUUGUUCACGAUAUUGCUUUGUGUUCAGCAUGUCUGUCAUCAUGUCAAUUCUUUUUAGAAUUUCCCCUGCCACACUCUAGCCAUCGUGUCGCCUCAGCCUGGCCGAACUGUUCACUCAUCAGUUUCUUGUUUGGUUUGCCAUUGCCUUGCCAAUUCCGUCUAUACCAAACAUCUAAGAGUGGCCAGAGCUUGAGAUUGGCCACCUCUGCCGUUCAAAGAUGGGCUUUUGCGGCCAUCUCCAUGACAGCCCUUCAGUGCUAUGCAAGAGAGCCCAAACCCAACCUGUCAAUGGCCCUGGCGCACCCCCCCACCCGUCCGUUGCAUGACUGCCAUGAGAGUCCAAACCCACCCACUGCUUACUUUCACUGCUUCCCAUCACGUCGUUGGGAUCCGAAUCACUUUUCAUUGCCGCUCAGUCCCCAUCCAUCUCCCGCUCAUUACUCAAUUCCCAUGUGUCCCUGGCUUGCCGUUCAAGUCAAGGUCAUUUCAAUCAUUUUCUCAAUCAUAAUCCCUCCAAUUUCGCAUAAUACUGACCACUAGAAGCGGCGUCAUUUUCACUAUAUUAUCGUAAAAAUUGUCGUAAAUAACUUUUUGUCAAUCAAAAACAUCGUAAAUAACCAAAUGCACCAUGGUAAAUUGACCGUUAUACGAUCGUUAUCGUGGUCAAAAAUGAUGAAAAUAUAAGUCAUUUUAAUCGUAGUAAAAAUGAGAGCAUUUCUACCAUCUUUUAAGUGCCUUUUCACGCAACUCCAAUGCCCACUGUGGAUGUGGGCCAGAGGUAGAUGGCUCUGGCGGCGCGCAGAUCAGGGGAGUUCGGGAGGACUCACGA